AUGGCAAAAACACCCAUCCUAAUUCUCGACGGCGGUCUCGGCACCUCCCUCCAAGACCACUACAACAUCACCUUCAGCAGCGACACCACCCCGCUCUGGUCCUCGCACCUAAUGAUCUCCGACCCUAAAACCCUCCUCUCCUGCCAACGCGACUUCACCACCACCGCCGCCGUCGACGUCCUCCUUACCGCCACCUACCAAGUCUCGCCCGAGGGUUUCCAGCGCACAAAAACCCCCUCGCACCCGUCGGGAAUCCCCCGCGCCAGUAUCGCUGGAUAUCUCCGCACAGCGCUCGACGUUGCCGAACAAGCGGUGCAGGAUACUUCGGCCUCUGUGGCGCUGAGUCUGGGCCCCUAUGGCGCGUGCAUGAUCCCCGGGCAGGAGUAUAGUGGGAAGUAUGAUGGGGAGCAUGAUGAUGAGGAGAAGUUGUGGAGGUGGCAUACGGAUCGGUUGGGGCUUUUUGAUGAUGAGGCAAUGGAGGGGAAGGGGUUGCGGGAGAGGGUCAAGUAUAUUGCGAUGGAGACGGUGCCGAGGAUUGAUGAGGUGAGGGCUGUGAGGAGGGCUGUGUGGUCUUCCAAGGGGUUUUGUGAGGGGGUGCCGUUUUGGGUGGCGUGUGUUUUCCCGGUCGAGGAUAAGGAUACCUUGCCUGAUGGGAGUACUGUUGAUGAGGUGGUCGAGGCGAUGUUGUUGCCCAUUGAGGGGGGUGCGACGCCGUGGGGGAUUGGAAUCAAUUGUACGAAGCUUCAUAAGUUGCCCAAGUUGGUUGGGUUGUUUGGGGAUGCGGUGGGGAGGUUGCUGAGGGAGGGGAGGAUUCAGGAGAGGCCGGCGUUGGUGCUGUAUCCUGAUGGUACGCAGGGAGAGGUUUAUAAUACUGCUACGCAGACGUGGGAGAAGGUGCAGGAUAAGAGUGGUACGGCUGAUUCGCGACCCUGGGAGGUGCAAUUGUCACAGGUGGUCAAUGACGCUGCCGCCACUGGACGGUUCAGCUCGAUCCUCGUGGGCGGUUGCUGCAAGGCUUCGUUCAAUGAUAUCAAGAGGCUUCGCGAACAGCUCCGCCAGGAGUAA